AUGCCUCUUACAGGAAGCUGCAUGUGCGGCAGCAUCACUUACUCUGCUGACGGUAAGUUCUACCUCACGAGCCAUGAUCAUGAUUUUAGGGCCCAUUACGAGGGCAAUUUCAAGGGAAACCUGUCUAAGACAUUCACAGUCGACACAUAUCUUUCCGCGUUAUGCCACUGCCUUGAUUGCCAAAAGUGGACGGGUGGUGCCUUUACUUCCAAUGCUGUCGUUCCCCGCUCCAGCUUCAAAGUGACCAAGGGUACCCCAAGCACAUAUGACGUCACAGGAGCUUCCGGCAAGGUCAACAAGCACUUCUUCUGCCAGGGCUGCGGGUCCAGCCUAUAUACCGAGCUGGAGGUGAUGGCCGAUAACACGGUCAUCAAGGCGGGAACGCUGGACAAUAACGCUGCGAACCUCGGCGGCAAGAUCGACAUAGAGUUUUACGUGAAGGACCGCGCGAGCUAUCUUGCGCCUGUGGAGGGUGCUAAGCAGGAGCCGAUGUUUGGGUAG